AUGGAUUCGGCUGAAUUUAGAGAAAAGGGCAAAAAUUUGGUGGAUUACAUUGCAGACUACGCAGAAAAUCUCAAUGAAAAGCGAGUUAUACCAAAUACUAAGCCAGACUACUUAAGAGCUCUGAUUCCGGAUUCUCCUCCACAAACUCCAGAUACUUAUGAAGAAGUGAUUAGAGACGUUAGCAGUUACAUAAUGCCUGGAGUUACGCACUGGCAACAUCCCCAAUUUCACGCCUACUUCCCAGCAGGUAAUUCAUUUCCAGCAAUAAUGGGGGAAAUGUUGGCCAGCGCGAUUUCUACCAAUAGUUUUUCAUGGGCAUCUUGUCCGGCUUCAACAGAGCUGGAAACAAUAGUGUUAGAUUGGUUUGGUAAAAUGAUUGGGCUUCCAACCAAAUUUAUGCACCACGCUGAAGGAAGUAAGGGUGGCGGUGUUAUACAACCGUCUGCAAGCGACUGCGUGUUUGUUGCAUUACUGGCUGCUCGUCACGGAGCCAUACAGAAGAUGAGGCUAGAGGACGACUCUAUAACUGACGAUGCUACAGCUUUAAAAAAACUUGUGGCCUACUGUUCGCAAGAAGCGCAUUCUUCUGUGGAAAAGGCAUCAAAGCUCGGUGUCGUAAAGUUGAGAGAACUGGAUACCGACGAAGACUUUAGUAUGCGCGGCAGUACAUUGAGAGAAGCCAUUGAGAAAGAUAUAAAUGAUGGACUAGUGCCGUUUUUUGUGACUGCAACUUUGGGAACAACAUCGAGUUGUGCUUUUGAUAAACUUGCCGAAAUUGGACCAGUAUGCAAUGAGUAUAAUAUAUGGUUACAUGUUGAUGCUGCUUAUGCUGGAAAUGCAAUGAUCUGUCCUGAGUUUAAAUAUCUUCUCGAGGGAAUUAACUUUGCUUCUAGCUUUUCAACAAAUCCCUACAAGCUGCUAAAUACAACACUUGACUGUUCAACAAUGUGGGUCGAUGAUCAUAGCAAAUUGACUAGAGCAUUUGCGGUUGAUCCACUGUAUUUGACUCAUAACUACGGAGACAAAUUUAAAGGAGGCAAAACUGACUACCGCCACUGGGGUAUAUCAUUAAGCCGACGUUUCAGAGCUUUGAAACUGUGGUUCGUUAUUCGUAUGUAUGGUGUUCGAGGACUACAACAGUUUAUUAGACGGCACGUAUUACUGGCUAAAAAAUUUGAAGAACUGUUAAGAGCAGACAGUUUGUUUGAAGUGAUCAACGAUGUUGUGCUUGGCCUUGUUGUAUUUCGUGUUCGCGGAACAAAUAGUAUUAAUCAACUAUUUUUGAACAGACUUAACGAGUCAGGUUUAAUUUUUAUGGUUCCUGCUUUACUUGGUAAUCGGUUUGCCAUUCGGUUUUGUGUUUGUGCUGAAAAUGCAAAUUUUGAAACAAUAUUAGCCUCCUACAAAAUUAUUCAUGAAGCUGCAGUAGCAACAAUAUGCAAGUUGUUUUCGUUUCUUCCAAUUUUUUUAUGCCGUUUUUUUCUUAAAUAAGU